AUGGCAGUCCCAUCCGGCAAACUGUUCGACCAGGACGAUUCGAGCCCGAUUAUGCCGGACGAGGACGAUGCGGGAGACCUCUCUUCUUUAUCUAAUCAACACAAGCAAUCUCGAGUUCUCGAUGAUCGACUCUUGUCUGACCGUCCGGCGGCCUCAAAUCCCCGCUCUAACUACGCCCCUUAUGCCGCCUCACCACGCCCUCCCGUCACCACAGGUGCGGAAACGCAAGCAGAAACAUCAGGCCCCACUAGCCGUGUAGAUACUAGCAAGGAGGCUGUGGAUUGGUAUGUUGAAGGGGCUGGAGUUCGAAGAGUCGGCUACGAUGAUCUGAGUGCGAUUGACUGGAUUUUCGAAUACGCAAAAGAGCGACAGAGGGUCAAACGACUACUAGCAGGAGCCCACGGUAUCACGCGGAGUCUGAAGCAACUGGCAGAUGACAGUCAUGUUUGGGUCGUGCUCGUUCUGACCGGCAUCUCGGUUGGCAUCGUUGCUGCUGCCAUUAGCAUCGCGUCAGACUGGCUAGGAGAUAUCAAGCAAGGCUAUUGCAAGACCGGUGCCGAUGGUGGACAAUUCUAUCUCAGCCGUCAGUUCUGCUGUUGGGGCCACGACGACUCGACGCAAUGCGCGGACUGGACGCCUUGGCGAGAGGCCCUAGGGAUAUCCAAUGGCGGUCUCGGUUAUACCGUUGAGUUCGUUCUCUUCGUCUGCUUUGCGGUCAUCUUCGCUCUUUGCGCAGCGCUUUUGGUAAAAGAAUAUUCGACGUACGCUAAGUCGAGCGGCAUUCCGGAAAUCAAGACCGUGCUGGGAGGCUUUGUCAUUCGACGGUUUCUAGGGGGAUGGACCCUGGUCACGAAGUCUCUCGGCCUUUGCCUUGCAGUUUCAUCCGGCCUCUGGGUUGGUAAAGAAGGGCCACUUGUUCAUGUGGCUUGUUGCUGCGCUAACAUGAUCAUGAAGCCUUUCUCAAGCUUGAGUCAGAAUGAAGCUCGCAAAAGAGAGGUGCUGUCGGCUGCAUCUGCUGCGGGAAUCUCAGUUGCUUUCGGCGCUCCCAUCGGAGGAGUCCUUUUCUCCUUGGAGCAGCUGUCAUACUACUUCCCGGAUAAGACCAUGUGGCAGUCAUUCGUCUGCGCCAUGGUUGCGGCCGUUACGCUUCAGGCUCUAAACCCCUUCCACACUGGCAAGAUUGUUCUGUUCCAGGUAACGCACUCUAGUGACUGGCACAGUUUCGAGAUGUUGCCCUUCCUAACGCUCGGGAUUCUUGGAGGAAUCUUUGGAGGCCUGUUCAUCCACCUCAACAUGCUGGUCACACGCUUCCGACGAUCCGAGCUUAACCCCCUACGGAAUCAACAGCUUCUCGAAGUUCUGGUGAUAUCGGGGCUGACUGCCGUUAUCAACUUUCCAAACAUUUUUAUGCGAGCGCAACUUUCUGAGCUGCUAUCCACACUCUUCGCCGAUUGUGCCACCACAGGCAAUACAGACAUCUUCGGCCUUUGCAAAGCCACGGCUGCAGGCUCUAUAUCUAUGACAUCGCUGCUGGUCACAGCGUCAGGACUUGGAUCUCUCCUCGCGCUGAUCACUUUCGGGCUGCCCAUUCCUGCUGGUGUCAUUCUGCCAUCACUUGCCAUUGGUGCACUCGCCGGAAGAGCAGUGGGAGUUGCAAUGGAGAUGCUCCAGAGGCGGUUCACUGGAUCGAUCUUCUUUGCUGCCUGUGAACCUGACGUUCCAUGCGUCAUACCAGGGACGUAUGCUAUCGUGGGUGCGGCUGCAUCACUAGCAGGCGUGACGAGACUGACAGUUUCGAUUGUUGCCAUUAUGUUCGAGCUUACGGGGGCAUUGUCAUACGUCCUGCCGAUCAUGAUUGCCGUCAUGCUGGCGAAGUGGAUAGGAGACGCCAUUUCAAAGAGGGGCAUCUAUGAGACCUGGAUCUAUCUCAACCAAUACCCAUACAUCGACAACAAAGACAAUACGCAGCUGCCCCAUGUGCCAGUCUCUAACGUGAUGACUGAAGUGGCAGAUAUGACGUGCCUCAAUGCGUCUAUAUCAUAUACCAUCGGGGAACUUCGCGGCAUCCUGAAGAAGGCCAAAUACCGGGGAUAUCCCGUGAUCACGUCAAGCGUAGGAGACGAAGAAGCGUCUGAGUCGACACACUUUCGAAGUCAGCGGCUGACCAAAAAGACGCUGCUAGGGUACAUCUCGCGGACCGAGCUGGCGUUUGCCCUGAAUCACGCGGUUGUAACCAAAAGGCCAGGCAGCACGGGGGAGCAUGAGCGAGACGAUAUCAAAUGCUACUUCAGAUUCAGUCCCGAGAUCACGACAGGCGAGGCGCUCGACCUGCGGCCAUGGAUGGAUCAAACUCCCAUAACACUGAACGCAAACAGCUCAUUCCAACUCGCCGUAAGCAUGUUCCAGUCACUGGGUCUCCGAAAUCUCCUCCUGGUGGAAAAAGGGGCAUUCCAAGGCAUCCUCACCAAGAAAGACGUGUGGUGGAUCCUGAACGCGACAGAGGACGCCCACAAGUCCCAAUCGUUUGUUGCCGGCACCGGAGUCCUCCGAGAAGAGCCUGUGGAACAAGGCGCGGCCGUCGAUGACGCACAAGACGCAGAAGCGCAAGGCCUACUGCAUGCUGAGCAGGACGCCACUAGGAGAGCCGCCGACUGA